UUUUUUCACAAUUGGUCAUCAUGAGAGAAACAAGAAAUUUUAACUAGUUACUAGUAAACUUAUUCUUUCUUAAUAAAUUGUAACUGAGAAAACGUGGUAAAAGUCAUCAAAAUGCAAGUACCUCCGAUUUUUAUGGAAUUACCCUUAGAAGAUCAGGCACAAGAAUUAAGGAUAUAUUUUAAAAAUUUGGGUGCUGAAAUAAGUGAAGAAAAAUCUCCUAAAGGUAUAGAAGAUGAUUUACAUAAAAUAAUUGGUGUUUGUGAAGCUUGUUUUAAGGAAGGAAAUGAAAGUGAAAUAGAAACAGUCUUAAAUGAUAUUGUAUCUAUUAUGAUAGUGAUUCCCACUGAACGAGCAGAAAAUUUAAUAUUAGCAUUUUGUGAGAAAUUGACAAAAGCUCCUGGUUAUAAACUUGGUCUAGUAUGCCUAAAAGCAUUAUGGUUAUUAUUUCAAUCUCUUCCUGAUGAUUCUCCAAUGAGAUAUCAUGUUUAUUAUCAUUUAGUUCAAAUUGCUCGCAAUGUUGAUCAAGUAAAAGCUGUAUAUGGUGGAAUAGAUCAAUUAAAACAACAGUUUGCAUCACUUCCACCAUCAAACGAACAAAUGCAGAAAUUACUUCGUUUACUUCAUGAAGUACUUUUAAGUUGCAAACAAGGAGAACAAGCUGCUGCAGUAAUGGUAGAACUCUUAGGCACUUAUACAGCAGAAAAUGCUUCUGCAGCUAGAGAAGAUGCACAACGUUGUAUUUUAGCUGCAUUAGUAGAUCCAAAUACAUUCUUAUUAGAUCCACUUUUAGCAUUAAAGCCUGUAAGAUUUUUGGAAGGAGAACUUAUUCAUGAUUUACUUCUUGUCUUUGUACAAGAUAAAUUACCUGCAUAUUUGGAUUUUUAUCAACAUCAUAAAGAAUUUGUAGAACAUCAACUUGGAUUAAAUCAUGAACAAAAUAUGAAAAAGAUGAGAUUAUUAACAUUUAUGCAAUUGGCAGAAACAAAUCCUGAAAUGUCAUUUGAUACAAUUCAAGAAGAAUUACAAAUUAAUGAAGAUGAAGUAGAAAGUUUUAUUAUUGAUGUUUUGAAAACAAAACUUGUUAGGGCUCGUAUGGAUCAAGCUGGUCGUAAAGUUCUCAUUUCAAGUACUAUGCAUAGAACAUUUGGCAAACCACAAUGGAUGCAAUUACGAGAUUUACUUGCAGCAUGGAAAGCAAAUUUAACUGCUGUACAAGAAGGUAUGAAAUCUGUAGCUGCUGCACAAAUGGAACUUGCUGGAAAAAAUAAAACUUCUAUCAAUUAUUGAUGAUGUUUAACUUACACAUAUUUCAUUCAAAUUUUUAUAUAUAAAUAUUAAUUGGAAAUCAAAAUUAAUUAAUCCUUUAAUUCAUAAUUUUAUCUGAAUAAAUAUAUAACAAUAUAUCGUAUAUUAUACAGUAUUAUGUUUACAAUUAAAUUAAUUACAUAAUUAAAAAACUAAUGAUUAAAAGAUUAUUUAUAAAAUUUAUAA